AUGGCCACUCUAAGAAAGCUUUUAUUUUUGAGUGGGCUGUGGUACAUUUCCCAGGUCCAAGGAGUUGCCAAGUUCACAAACAUUGAGUGCUUGAGUAUGGAUGAAAACUUUGCCACCGUUUCCCUGUGCCGAUUGUAUGCCGUCAAGAGGGACGUGGUGGAAAUGAGUUUAAGAGCCCAUAUAUUACACUGGCCAAAAGGACCAAUGUCAAUGCGAAUGGAAUUAUUAAAAAAAGCCAGUGGUUACAAACCUUUUCUGUAUAAUAUCCGCCAAUCGGAUGUGUGCGAGUAUUUGGAGAAACGGAAUCAUCCCUUUGUCAAUAUCAUUCUCAACAGUUUCGGCAAUAGAACCAAUGUGAACAAGUGCCCAAUUCCGCCUGAAAUUAUAUUGGAGCACUUUCGAUUCCCGGUGAAGGUCUUGGACAUAAUGCCCCUUCCAUCUGGGGACUAUGGUCUGUUCACCACCUUCAGUUUCGAUCGACAGGAACGAGCCCAGGUGAAGGUGUAUUUCACACUACCAGAAUAUGGAAAAUAAGAUAAAACACAUGAUUUGAAUAUUUGUAAUAAACAUCAGUCGCGGUGCAAUAAACCAAUUAAUAAAUUUGCAAUAAA